UUCUAUUUUAUUUUUCAUUUUCGAAGGACACACUUACAUUCUUUUAUUACGUAAAAGUAAAAUCAUGCGAUAUAUACUUGAUACCGGUAUGGCGAACUUUAGUAAAAUCGGUCGAUAUAUAUCAUGAAGGCGUUCCUGCCUUCUCAAAUAACGUAUACACACAUAUGUAUACACACAGUAAUACACCGUCUAUGUUACACAAUAUACCUUUUCCGUGAUCUAUGCUCUCUCCAGUUAGAGAUAUGUCUCCUGUCUCUCGUAGGAGGCUAAGUUUUAAGCCGAUACCACUCGGAAAUUAGAUCAGUCUUUGUUCGGCCAGUGGGACCUGGUGCUCGUUCGCAAAGCAACGCAGUUCCUUCGUGAUCGGUCUAAUGAAAACAUCUUUCUAAUAGUUACACCUUGUCGAACAUAAGUAAUAUCUUACGAUCGUUAUUAUUUGGCGAGUAACAAUUUUUCAAAAUGAGGUUCAUCUUUCCAUUGAUUUUCCUCGCAGUAUCAUUCGAUCUCAAUGUUAAUGCUGAAUAUUUGGAAACUCUAAUGCAAUGGCCAUUUAUCGAUUACGUUUUGCCGUACGAUAAUAAUUUCCGCGGAAGAUAUCGUCCAGAAAACGUAGUUCCUACAGGCAUCGAAGUCUCUUGGAGAAGAAUUUUUAUCAGCUUACCACGACUACGUCAAGGUGUUCCAGCUACUCUUGCUUACAUUCCAAGAAACGUUCCAUUGGGUAGCAGUCCAAAACUUCAACCGUAUCCUUCGUGGGAAUGGCAUAGCGCGGGAAAAGGAGAAUUUAAUUGUUCUCAGCUGAUAUCUGUCUAUAGAACAAGACUCGAUAGAUGUAAUCGAUUAUGGGUCGUCGACAGUGGCGUCAUGAUGUCACUCGAUAAUUUUACACCAAUUUGUCCACCAAAAUUACUUGUUUUUGAUCUUCAAACGGAUACAGUUGUCAGGCAAUACACUUUCCCACGAGAGGUUUUGAGAUUGAACACUUUACUGACUAACCUUGUAAUUGAUGAUACUAAAUCAACUUCUUGUGAUGACGUAUUUGUUUAUAUAAGUGAUACAACUGGACCAGGAAUUCAAAUUUUUGAUGGUGCCAAUAAUACAAGUUGGCGAGUACUUCAUGCUUCGAUGCUUCCUAAUCCAGAUUAUACUAUUUAUCAGCUCGGUGAUGAAAACUUCGAACUACCAGACGGUAUCGUAGGACUGGCUUUCUCUCCAAGGCUCGGUAUGGUAUAUUAUCAACCACUUGCCACCGAUCGUCUUUUCGGCGUACCAACGUCGGCACUUCAAAACGGCCCACUUCCCUUUGGACAACAACUUCCAGUGACCUUGAUUGGAAGAAAAUCUAGUCAAGGUCUUCCAUUGACCGUGGAUCCUUACGAUGACUCGAUUUUUUUCUCGCCAAUUAGGGAAACAGCUAUUGCUAAUUGGCAACCUCAAACAAAUAGUCAAAGAAUCGUCGCAUACAGUCCGGAAAAAUUGCAAUUUACCGCCGAUCUGAGAUGGACCGUACGUGAUGACGGUAAAAUCUGGAUCUUGUCAACCAGAUUCCAUAAAUUUUUCAAUCGAAGAGUAACUUCUCAAGAAAUAAAUAUUCGUAUCAUGAGGCUCGUUCCCGAAACCGUUCUAUCAAAAAACGUGCCGAUUUACCAAUACAUCAAUUCACAUUUAUUACAUAUUUUGUAUAACAACACGAUCGGUUUUUAAGUAUACCAAAACGAUCGAUUAAAAUUUCGAAAAAAAGUUUUUUAAAUAUUCUCGAAAAUCAUACUUAAACAAGAUGUUUAGUUUAAUGAAUUUUCUUUAAACUAAAAUAGAUAAUUAAAAUAAAUCUUGUAAAUUUUAAUUCGCGGAGAUCACACUGGAGAUCAGUGGAGUAGAGUAAGAUGUAAUGUAGUGUAUAUUUUUGUAUUUUUUUUAUCUACUUUUCUAUACAUUCAAAUAAUUUAAUACGAUUCAUUCUUUAAGAAAACUAAUUUGUGUUAAAGUUAUUUACUGAUGAUUGGUAGAAUAUUUAUUAUAGAUUUAAUUGAUAAUAAAAUAUAUUCUAAAUUUUACAUAAGAAGUAUGUUAAAGCUAUAAAAUAUUGAAUAAAGGACGAGCAAUUAAUAAAUAAAA